GCGUUUAGCAAUCUGUCGUUGUACAGUAAGUUGUAUUGUUUGACAAUAAUAAAUUCUUUCUUCGGUGAUAGUAACUACUAUUAUCGUAGUGCGUCGCACUCGCAAGUCGUAGUUGACGACACAAACUUUUCUUUUGUGUUGUUUUUGUUUUUCGUGAAUAAUAUUUCACAAUUAAAAUAUAUUUAUCCACAUCACUUAAUAUUAUCAUUGUUGUACCAUAGCCCACACAGUCUUGUAGUCUUGUAUAAGACUAACCUGAGGCUGUUCAAAAGCCAAUGACACAGAUUACUGGGAUAAAUAAUUCAUUUAUCAUGGGGCGUCGUUUAACUGGACCUUCUGCCAGAACUCGUGAUGCACAACCUCUUCCAUUAACAACACAACAUAAUUCAUCUGCGACAAACGAUCGAAAUAAUUUGUCACAACAUGAUGAACUUAUUCAUUUUGUUGGUGGUUCAUGGAAUGUUAUUUUUCAAGAAUAUCAAAAUGGAUGCCAAGGAUCUAAUGGUCGUUUUCAUAUACAGUUCUACGAAGAAGGAAAUAGUGAUACAUUAAAAGGAUUUAAACCCUUUGAUCUAGAAGCUUGGUGGGGAAAACAAACUAUCCAACGAUACCAACAACGUUCCUAAUAUUAUUACACUAAUAUAUUGUAUUGUAUUUUUCAGUUAUUUUUUUUCCCAAUUAUUUAAUACAAAAAAUGGCAUAUGCCUAAUAUCUUGAUACUGACAA